GGGCCGCUACGGAGUUGCUACCCUUGCUGCUACCAUGAUACCCCCCGCCGAUUCUCUGCUCAAAUAUGACACCCCGGUGUUGGUGAGCCGAAACACAGAAAAACGGAGUCCCAAGGCUCGGCCACUGAAGGUCAGUCUCCUGCAGCCUGGAACCUCUGGUUCAGUCCCACAGCCACCCAAGACCAAGCUGCCCUCAACGUCCGCUAUUCCAGAUCCUACAAAACAGGCAGAAGAAAUCUUGAAUGCCAUCCUGCCUCCAAGGGAGUGGGUAGAAGACACACAGCUAUGGAUCCAGCAGGUGUCCAGCACGCCCAGCACCAGGAUGGAUGUGGUGCAUCUCCAGGAGCAGCUGGACCUGAAACUGCAGCAGAGGCAGGCCAGGGAGACGGGCAUCUGCCCAGUACGCAGGGAACUCUACUCACAGUGUUUUGAUGAGCUGAUCAGAGAGGUCACCAUCAACUGUGCAGAGAGAGGGCUGCUGCUGCUGCGGGUCCGGGAUGAGAUCCGCAUGACCAUCGCUGCCUACCAGACUCUGUACGAGAGCAGCGUGGCGUUCGGCAUGAGGAAGGCGCUGCAGGCCGAACAGGGGAAGUCAGACAUGGAGAGGAGAAUUGCAGAGUUGGAGACAGAAAAGAGGGAUCUGGAGAGACAAGUGAAUGAACAGAAGGCAAAGUGUGAGGCCACCGAGAAGCGAGAGAGUGAGAGGAGACAGGUGGAAGAGAAGAAGCACAAUGAGGAGAUCCAGUUCCUGAAACGGACCAAUCAGCAACUGAAGGCCCAACUGGAAGGCAUUAUUGCACCGAAGAAGUGAUUUCCAUACAGGUCUCAGCAGGCACCAUGCCCCAUCAUAAGCCCAUUGUAAUAAAAAAGCCAGUUUCCUGAGAGAACAAGCCAUCCCCUCCCCAGUCACCACUCAUGUAAUUGUUAGAACUGUUGCCUGUUGCCCCAGUGUCCCAAAACACCUAAGGUCUGGCAGCCAGGCUCCAGGUUGGGCAGUGGAAGGCGGUGUAACCAACCCUGUGUCCAUGUGCAGCUUACAAAAUGGACUGGGGAUUUGUCACCUCAAUAACUUAGAAAGCAAGUGUUUCCCCAAAGAAGCUACUUUUGCACCAAGUUCAGUGCAUAGUUCACCUUGUACCGUGGGCUUCUCUGGCCCUCUCCUUCCACUCCAUCACUUCUCUAGUAUAACCUUGAGCAACUUACUUCAGAGUUUGGGUCUAUCAUCUCAUUCCACCCACGUCAGCCGGACCCUGUCCUUAGCACGCUUGGUUCCAGGAGGAAACGAGCAGAGUCAAACCCAUGCUCACUGACAGGUAUGGAAGUUUCAGAUCUUGAGAGCCCUCUGCACCCCAGGUCCUCCCCACUCUAAUUAGUCACCUUCCACAGCAUAUCAAAGCCGAACUCCACACUCCCUACCUAGCCUCGAAUGAACAGCUAAGGAGGUAGCCACAUAUCACAUGCAGUUCCAGUCAGCCUGUGGCUUGAAGGCAAUUUUGUAGAUCCAGAACUUAAAAUUACAAACAAAUCUCUACUCAGAGAAGCCCAGGGUGGGAGAGGGCAGUGAGCUUCAUGACACCCAUCGUUCAGUCUAGUGUCAGAAGUACUGUUCUUAAGGUGGCACUAAUAUUUCCUUCUAAUUGGUGGGAGUACCUCAAGUACCUCUGAAGGGUGCCAGAAAGGACUUAGUCCUUGACAGAGCUGUGCUGCCCUCCAUCCCAGGCAAAGCUUACUGCAAGGCCUCUGAUCCCCACAAGAGCCGUUUUGAGUUGAAUAUAUCCCAACACUGACUUUCUACGAGAAGUCUCAUCUUUGACCGUCACCCAUAUCCUGAGGAACUAGGUCCCCACCACUGUAACCCGCACAUCGGCCGCGGUCCUGGAAGAGCUCGCUCCCUGUGGUGUGCUGGCUUUGUGGCCAGCAGGAAAGCUUCUGUACCCUAACAAGGCCAAGGAAAGUCAACAAGGUUUCCAGAGCACUCCUUUCUACAAGCCUCACCACGAAUGUCUCUGGAGGACUUUGUGCUUUUACAGCUUUUAAAGCUCCUAGCCCCGGCACUGCUCAGUAGUGUAAGAGAAAUAUGCAUGUCUC